AUGAUACUAAAAUGUGGAUUAUUAAUAUACUCAGAUGGGCAAGGUGAGAAAAAGUCUUUUGAAAGUUUCCUUGUAUAUAUUAUUAGACCAUAUACAUAUUUUAUACAAUAAGAUUUAUAGGUUGCAUACACAAUAGUUACUUUUGUGCUUAUGCAAAUACUGAUAUUCUACUGGUGUUAUCUAAUCAUAUAUAGGGAGAAGAAAAAGAUAAAAUCAUUCAUAAAUGUAAUUCAAAAAUAUGAGUCUCAUUCAACCCUAAAUUUUAUUUUAAUUUUGUUAUGGAAAACCUUAUUUUUGUUUUUAACAGAGUUUUUGGGGUUUGUUCUAUUAGAAGGAUGCUUUGUAAUAUUAUUUGAUAAUGUAUAAGAUAAUAUAUCUUGUAUUAUCUGUUCAACCAUAAUUAUUUUAGAAAUCUUUUUCCUAAUUAUAUUCUAAGAAUUAUUUUGGAAUAAAAGUUUACAUUAUAUACCAAAAUAAUUGAACUAAAUAAAUUAACAAACAAUAUUGGUAUUGUAUGCUAAAUUAUUAAAAAUAAUGACUCUUUGUCUUUUUGCAAGUUAAAUAACUAAUAAAUCUUAUAUAGUAUUAGGAAUUUCAAUACUAAGUAGUUUUUUAGAAUUAUAUAUAUAAUUAAUACUGAAAAUAAGAUUGGACAUAUUAAUUAUUAAAUUGGAUGUAUUAAUGUAAAGCUUAAUUAUAUGCGUUUCAAUAUAAUAAGUAUUUGUGAUGGCUAGUACUUCUUCAUUAGAAUUUUUGUGGAUAAUUGUUGGGAUUUUACUUUACAAAUCAAUAUGUUAAUUUUACUUAAAUGAUAAUGUUAUCUCAAUUUAAUCAAAUUAAAAUUAAGGGGAAUAGAAACUAAUGUGUGGAAGAAAGAAGAUUUAUUUAUAUUAAAAUCUUAUUUCGAAAAGAGACUCAGAAUAUAGAUUGAUUAAUAAGAUUUUGAUAUAAAAACAUUAAGAGGAUUGCUCAAAUAAAUCUUGUUUUUGUAGGAAUGAUGAAAUGAUUAUGAUUAAAUUGGAUCAUUUGAUUAUUAAAGAAUAAAUUCAUGAAUACAAAUAACUGAUAUCAUAAUAGAAAAUAAAAUCAUCAAUACUCUACAUAUAGUAUAUUUAAUUACUUAUACUUAAUAAUAAAUAUUUUGAAGCAUUAAACAUUACUUAAAAAUUGAUAAACUAAAUCAAUAAAAAAUCAAAAUUUACUACACAAGUUCAAAUAAUAAAAGGAUAGGUAUCAUUAUUGCAUAAAUUAUUGUUAAAAUUGCUUUAAUAAAAAAUUUUAAUUAAUAUUUAAUCAUCCCUUUUAAAUAGUGCUUAACAUUCGACUAAAUCAUAGGGAUUUAAAUAAGCAAUAAAAUCUUAUUAAUAAAAGAAAGAUUCAGAAAAGACUAUUUAAAAUCAAUUCAAUAGAAUAUUGAAAUGA